GGUGUGACAGUCACUUUAAAAUCCACCUGUGCACAGAUACUCCUCAGUGCACACUCGGCAUCAGACAGAUUGCUUUCAACUCUUCAUCCUAGAAGGAGACGUUAAACCAAGGCCACCAUGUCUCUUAACUGGUUCAAUGACGACAGCCAUACAGUUUUCAGAGAGGUGGACCUCCACAGUGAGACCAACAACAAUGAGCACCACACUAGUGAAAUAUCAGUGGACCGGCUGAUUGUGAGACGAGGCCAGUCCUUCAAACUUACCCUCAAACUGGUUCAGCCUUUCAACCCCGGCUUUGAUCAGCUAACGAUGACUGCAGAAACUGGACAUUUUCCAUCAGAGGACAAGGGGACAAUGUCUCACUUUGGUUUCCCAGACAAAGUGCUUCAUUCAGGCUCUGCUAAGGCAGUUUGGAAGGCAGAGCUUCACAAGAGCUCUUCUCCUGAAACUGGAGUCUUGACUCUGAGCAUCACCCCCCCAGCUGACACUCCUAUAGGGGAAUACAAACUGACAGCCAAACUUCAGGACAAGGAGAAGAUGUUGGCCAACCUUUCUGUGCUUUUCAACCCAUGGAGUCCUGAUGACUGGGUGUUUAUGCCAAACGAGGCAGAGAGACAGGAGUAUGUGAUGAACGAGCAGGGAAUAAUCUACAGAGGAGGUGGAAACUACAUCGUUCCAAUGUCGUGGGACUAUGGACAGUUUGAACAGGGCAUGGUGGAAAUCUGUAUGAAGAUACUGGACCGCAACCUCAAACACUGGAUCAACCCAGCGGAUGAUGCUUCCGCACGCAGCGACCCCAUCUACGUCAGCCGAGUGGUCAGCGCCAUGAUUAACAGCUCUGAUGAAGGCGGCGUAGUGAUGGGAAACUGGAGCAGUAACUUCAAUGGUGGGGUGCCGCCCACUCACUGGAAUGGCAGCUAUGCCAUCCUGAAGCAGUGGUAUAAGACCUACUACCAGUCAGUCAAAUACGGCCAGUGCUGGGUGUUUGCCGGCGUCAUGUGUUCUGUGAUGCGUCUGCUGGGCAUUCCCUGCCGAGUCGUCACCAACUUCCAGUCGGCUCAUGACACCAACAAGAACCUGACCAUCGACAACUACUUUGAUUACAAUGGAGUCAGAGAGACGGGGACCAAUGACAGCAUCUGGAACUUCCACGUCUGGGUUGAGGGGUGGAUGAGACGACCAGACCUGGCAGAUGAUGGGAAAUAUGACGGCUGGCAAGUUGUGGAUCCAACUCCACAGGAAAGGAGUGACGGUCUUUUCUGUUGCGGUCCAGCGUCAGUGGCGGCCAUCCUGAAUGGAGAAACAGAUCUAAAAUACGACGUCCCAUUUGUCUUUUCUGAGGUCAACGCUGAUGCUGUUUACUGGCUGGUAAGAAAGAACGGAUCCAAGUUAAAAAUCUUUUCUGACACUGAUACAGUUGGUCAAUACAUUUCCACCAAGUCUGUUGGCUCAAACAAGCGGAUGGACAUCACGAACACCUAUAAGCACAGAGAAGGAACUGCAAAGGAAAGAAAUGUCUUCAGAUAUGCCUUAGACAAAAUCCAAAAUGGAGAUAUGCUGAUUCGAAAUGCUGCAGGCACUGAUGGGGAGUUCGUGAGCAGAACAUUGGAGAGGAGCCAUGAUGCUCCGGGAACUGACAUCGUCGCAAGUUCAGCUCCACAGCCACAGCUGCUGAUCCGAUUUGAAGAAGUGUCGAAGCCAGAGAAUGGAAAGGAUGUCAGUCUGAAGAUGAUUCUCAGCAAUGACUCCAGUUUCACCAGAACUUUUUCCGUCAACAUCAGCGUCCAAGCCAUGAAGUACACCGGCCAGCCGGCUGGCAACAUCCAGACUGAGGUCACGGAGCAGAAGAUGCUGCCUGAUAAAGAUCUGGUCAUCCCUAUUCUAGUCCCAUUCUCAACCUAUCACAAAUACAUGAUCCAAAGUAAGACCAUGGCUGUGUCAGCUGUUGUCACUGACCUACAAAAUGAAUAUAAUACAUACUUAGCAGCACACAGAGUUGUGCUCGCAAACCCCCCCAUCUCCAUCACCGUAUCUGGUGAGAGCAGGGUGAACGAGGAGAUGACAGCCGAGAUGGUCUUCAUGAACCCUGUCAAUGAGACGCUGAGAAACUGCUGCCUGAGUCUCUCUGGAAGUGGUCUCAUUAUCGGGGAGGAAACAGUAAAACUCCCAGACCUGCUGCCAAACAACAGAGUCUGUGUUCAGAUCGUCAUAGCUCCCUAUAAGAGCGGAGAGCGCACUCUAUUGGUCAACUUCAGCAGUGCCUCUUUAGGGGACAUCAAGACCAGCUGCAUCGUCAACAUCAAGCCUUGA